AUGUGUAUGCAAAUUUUUUACAUAAGUAAUUUCCGGAAAUGCAAUUAAUUCGGUACUAGUUUUACCACAGUCCGGGAUCAUGACAUAGUCUUGUGACAGCAAGCAGAUAAUAGUAAACAUUGAAACAGAAGGUAGAAAAGAUACAUCAAUACAAAAUGGAGAAUCCGAACAAGGAAGCACCUCCUGCCUAUCAGGAAGUAGCAGGUCAACAAGCAGGUGGAGGUUAUGGAGCUGUUCCCCAAGCAGCCCCUUAUCAGACAGGGUACCCCCCAGCUGGGGCCUACAAUCAGGGGUAUGACCCCUCCAAAGAGAACAGGGGCUACAACCAGCCAGCGUACCCAGCUAGUGGGCAGCCUGGGUACCAGCAACAGUAUGGAGUUGUAGUACAACAACAACCAGCAACACAAGUUGUGCUUGUCGGAGGCUGUCCAGCAUGCCGGAUGGGGGUGCUGGAGGAAGACUACACCUGCCUAGGCGUACUGUGUGCUAUUCUGUUUUUCCCCCUCGGAAUCCUGUGUUGUCUGGCCAUGAGACAAAGGCGGUGCCCAAACUGUGGGGCAGUGUUUGAUUAAGGGACCUUUGUUAUAGCAAUAAACAUCACACGGAAGCAAACAGACACCGAAAACUGACUUCUCCGACAACAAUCUGAGAUUCCGAGACCCUAAAAGUUACGAAAUUAUGAAUAAGAUUUAGCUUGUGGUAUUGAAGUAUACAGUAAUUUGGGUGUGUAAAAUUAAAACGUACAGUGUAUCAUCUAUUUCUUUCUUUACCAGAGCAUUUUGUAGAUUUAGUGAUCGAUGCCUAAAAUACCAUAAAAAUCAUGUACAAAAUGUUUGGGAAGAUAACAUUAUAGAAAUAACCACCUACCAGUUACUUUAUAGACAAACAAUUAUUAUAGCAGUACAUUUUUGAUGUGCUUUAAAUACUAGUAGAUGCUAAAGCUGAGGUGUGACUUUUCUGAAUUUUAAGAAAAAUUAUUCUAUUUAGAAAUGGGAUGAUCCAAUAUGAUAAUAUGUAUAUUGUUUGGGGCUUUGGGGAGAUUGAUAAUAUUUAUGCUGAACAAAUUACUAAUUCAGAGUCAUUGCUGAUAAUUAUUACACUAUACAAAAUAAUAAAGACCAUAUUUUCUCAGGCUACAACUGUAGUGUCUAUGUAUUUAUAUAGUUUUUCCUCCUAUUGAUUGUGUAGUUACAUGUAAUGUUGUGUAAUUAAUUACAUGUAGUGCUAUGUAACUUUUAAUUGCAUGUAUACUCUGCAAAGGUUAUUCAACCAUGUGUAAUGUAACUGUUAAGAAUAAUUGAAAAAUAUUGAUAAUAUUCAUUUUUGUUUUCAUUAAAAAGUAUUAUAUAUGAAUAAUUUACUGUUGUGAUCAUGUAAAAGGCAUGGAUAUAUCUGCAUUAUCGUGAAUAUAUUUGUGACACAUUAUAAAUGAACUUCAGAAUUCCUAUUAUUUAUUAUGCAUCUCCAUUAUUUGAAAACUCCAAAAGGGCUCGUCUGAUAGAAAUAAAUAUUUGAGAAGGCUUUUUAAUUACUAGAAAUUUGCAGGAAAAGUCAUCACUUUAUUUACAUGUUACUCAGGUGACCAUUAAGGCCCAUGGGCCUCUUGUUUACAUGUUACAAAUUUCCUGUGAAUAUCCCAGCAACUAUUUGAUAGUGGGAAAGGAUGAGAUAGUACACAAACACAUUUAUUUUUAGGAAAUGAGGAAGGCAUUUCUCAAUAUCUUUCAGCAGCUCUGGUAAUUAUCUCAUUGUUACAAGUAAUUUACAUCAACUUAUGAAGAUCCCUCUAUGCAUAAUAAAUUAGUCGGGAAAUGUAUACAGUGUAUUAGAUUCGCUUUUUAAGGAGCUAUAACACAUUGAUCAGCACAUUCAUGUAGAGAAGUAUAUGAUGCAUAUAAUAAAGACUCAGUUGUCUUAUAUUGGAAAUUGAGAUAUUGCUUCAUUAUUGGAAUAUUUUUGUAAAAUCGUGGAGAAAAAAUUGAAACAGAUCUGUAGGACUCUUAUGUACAAUCUACAGAUUACCAGCCCAGCACCUUAAUCCUCCAAGCUAACCAUACAGGCACUGAAUUUAUUAUUGCAUCAAUCUUGUACAUCUACUUCCUUUUGAAAAAAUUGUGAGGCUGUGCCACAGGCACUUAUAUCGAUUGGGGACGUUAUACGUGUGUAUGUAUAUAUAUAUAUAUAUAUAUAUGUGUGUAUGUAUAUAUAUAUAUAUAUAUAUAUAUAUAUAUAUAUAUAUAUAUACAUAUAUAUAUAUAUAUAUAUACAUAUAUAUAUAUAAAUUAAGCCCCCAAGUGAUAUAAGUGCCUAUGGGCUUUUAUCAUCACCUGUACAUGCACGUAUUAAAGGUAGCAGAAUCAUUUGUUAACUUAAUUGUAUUUUUUUUUCUCAUUUGAGUUUUGUCAUUGUUGUCACAUUUACAUUUUAUUGUACAAAUCUCAGCUGUUAUAUUUAAUAAAAGAUUGUGGUUCACUUGUA